AAUUGCCCCUAUGAAUUAGAGGGUUAAUAGGCUAGUUCAGUUUGCUAGUUGCCAUCCACCAGCCACCACCAGGAGCUGAGCAGAGCGGAGAGUGACAGUGGAGAAAUGGAGCAGAGCUGUAAAGAAAGGUGGAUGACUUGGAGCCGCUGAUGCUGAACAUGCUCCCCAUAGCCAUUUAAAAUUUGGCAUCCACAAAUGAUAUUUUUAAUCUCUCCUACCAUGGCAGUAUGGUCCUCUCCUGACCCAUUUCUGCAAAUUUUAAUCACGAUUCUCUUGCCCAUUUCCCUCUUUCUCCCACUAAAUAAUAAAAAAAUGCUCACCAAUAUCAAUUUUUUUGUUGCAAUUCUCCCUCCUUUUCUACCCUCCGAAAUGGAGUCACGGGUUCAUUUGCUUUUGUCCCAUGGAGCAAUUGCUUUCCUCUCGCAUUGUCAUCCUUUUGCUUCUGGUUUUGCUUCUGGGUCUUUCUGCAGAAUCAGUUGUGGUUCCAAAUCAAUUUUACCAGAUUGCAAGCAAAGGCCAUGUUGCUGCUGCUGAUAGCAUCAUAUUGAAUCCUAGAUUUGAGGAUGGCCUUAAUAAUUGGUCUGGCAAAGGCUGCAAGAUUGAAGUACAUGAAUCUAUGGGAGAUGGAAGAAUUAUUCCACAAUCAGGAAAGUUCUUUGCUUCUGCAACAGAACGCACAGAAAAGUGGAAUGGAAUUGAGCAAGAGAUAACUGGAAGAGUGCAACAACAUGUUGCUUAUGAAGUUGUUGCCCUAGUUCGCAUAUAUAGUGAUUAUAUCACCAGUGCUGGUGUAGAAGUCACUUUGUGGGUUCAAGAACAAGAUCUUCGCGAAGAGUACAUAGCCAUUGCCAACUCACAGGCAACAGACAAAGAUUGGGUACAAUUGCAGGGGGAGUUCCUUCUUAAUAGUUCUCCAUCUAGAGCAGUAAUAUAUUUAGAAGGUCCACCUCCAGGCACAGACAUUCUGAUAAAUAGUUUAUUUGUAAUGCAUGCAGAGAAGAACCCUACUUCAUCCCGGCCAGUUUCUAAGAAUGUACCUUUUGGAGUGAAUAUAAUUGAGAACAGUGACCUUGAUGAUGCCACCGCUGGGUGGUUUCCUCUUGGUAACUGUGCUUUGAGUGUUCAGACUGGUUCCCCACAUGUACUCCCUCCAAUGGCAAGUGAUUCUCUUGGACCUUAUAAGCCUCUAAGUGGCCGCUACAUCAUGGUAACCAAUCGUUCAGAUUCUUGGAUGGGUCCUGCUCAGAUGAUAACUGAGAAACUGCAACUCUAUUUGACAUACCAAGUAUCUGCUUGGGUUCGAAUUGGUGCUGGAGCAACUGAACCUCAGAUUUUAAAUGUUGCACUUAGUGUGGAUGGGCAGUGGGUCAAUGGGGGUGAAGUUGAGUCUAAUGAUGACAAGUGGCAUGAAAUUGGUGGGUCCUUUAGAAUUGAGAAGCAAGCAUCCAAUGUUAUGGUUUAUGUCCAAGGUCCUGCUUCAGGUGUUGAUUUAAUGGUUGCAGGACUUCAUAUUUUUCCCGUAAACCGAAAGGCAAGGUUUAAGUAUUUGAAGCAGCAAACGGAUAAGAUACGUAAGCGUGAUAUCAUCCUAAAAUUUUCUGGAUCAGAAAAUAGCAAUAUCCUUGGCAAUCUUGUCAAAGUUGCACAGACGCAAAACAGUUUUCCUUUGGGAUCAUGUAUAACUAGAACAAGCAUGGACAAUGAAGAAUUUUUAAAAUUUUUUAUUAAAAAUUUUAACUGGGCUGUGUUUGAAAAUGAAAUGAAGUGGUCCUGGACAGAACCGCAAGAAGGUAAGUUCGACUACAGGGAAGCUGAUGAGCUAGUGGAUUGGUGCAAGAACCACAACAUAGAAAUCCGAGGUCACUGUAUCUUCUGGGAAAUGGAGUAUGCAGUUCAAUCAUGGGUUCGAUCCUUGAAUGAAAGUGGCUUGAGGACUGCUGUUCAGAACCAUCUCACAGAUCUCCUCACACGUUACAAGGGAAUGUUCAAGCACUAUGAUGUGAACAAUGAAAUGCUGCAUGGGUCAUUCUAUAAGGAUCGACUGGGUAAAGAUAUCCGAGCAAACAUUUUCAAAACUGCCAACCAACUAGACCCAUCUGCCAAUCUCUUUGUGAAUGAUUAUCACAUUGAGGAUGGAAUUGACAUUAGAUCAACGCCAGAGAAAUACAUACAGCAAAUUCUUGACCUCCAGGAGCAAGGUGCUCCAGUGGGAGGAAUUGGCAUUCAAGGCCAUAUUGAUGUUCCAGUAGGAUCCAUUGUUUCUUCCGCACUGAAUAAAUUAGGAACUCUUGGCCUUCCAAUCUGGUUUACUGAACUUGACGUGUCUUCAGCUAAUGAGUAUAUCAGAGCAGAUGACUUGGAAGUAAUGCUUCGUGAGGCCUAUGCACAUCCUGCAGUGGAAGGUGUGAUUCUCUGGGGAUUUUGGGAGUUGUACAUGUCCCGAAAAUAUGCUCAUCUAGUGAAUGCAGAUGGUAAAAUUAAUCUCGCUGGUAAGAGAUUCCUUGCUCUCAAGAGAGAGUGGCUGUCUCAUGCUAGGGGGACUAUUAACCAGCAAGGAGAGUUCAGAUUUAGAGGUUUUCAAGGGACUUACAACAUUGAAGUGAUUUCAUCAUCAAAGAUAGUUAACAGGACAUUUAUUGUUGACAAGGGUGAUUUGCCACUCAUUCUUUCCAUUGCAUUAUAGACAUUUAGGCGAUUGUUAUUCAUAGAGAUUUCACAAACUGCCAGUGCUCAUUAACAUUAGAUAUCACUAACUGGCUGCUAUCUUCUAGUGCUAUUACAGGAAGAGAGUGGAAGUUCCUGUCUUUCUAGGUUGCAGUUUCUCAUAUUCAUCAACAGUUUGUAAUAACAUUUUCUUUAUAAUUUAUAGUUGUCCAUUAUUACAUCCAGGCAUAAGAUAGCUGGGAUGAUCUCA